AUGCACUUUCAACCUCUUCUUCUGCUUCUCGGCACUGCCUUGGCCAACCCUCUUGCACAACUUCAGGAACGACAGGCACCAGCUGCUCCAGUCUACGCGGCUGCAGUAGGCAGAUGUCAAGCUACGCCAACUCUCCGAAACUGUCGUCAAGACGACGACUUUGUUCACCUCGACUUCCACCUCCGUCGCUCCUACCCGUACAUCCACAAUCAUCAGUGCGCGCACAACGACGAUCACCAACACAGCGACUCGUCGUUUGACAUCAACUACCACGACCGUCACUGUCAGGCGUACUCGCACCUGCCGACUUCCGAGGCAGCCACGACCACGCCUGAGCAAUCGGCGGUUACCACGCCCGAGCAGUCUGGAGUCACCUCGUCUGCGGGACCUGAGAUCGCGACAUCUGUCGGAUUUGAGACCGUGACGACCGCGGCAACACCCGAGCAGACUACAGGCGCGCCUGAGACGACAGCAGCUGGCCAGCAGAAGCGCCAGGUCGUGAGGCCAUCAGUCAAGCCCGCCUGCUUGACUGCCUUGAACGCUGUCGCGACCACCAACGCAUGCAGAUGUAUCAUCCCCGCCUCCACCACCACUCGCACCACCACUCUGCGCUCAACCGUUACCGCAACCCGCACCAUCGUCACCACUCGCCGAACCGUCUCGACUGUGACCUCCAGCCCUGUGACCACCAUCACUACUGGCGCUCUUCUGACCAGGACGGUCACGACCACCAUCACCAGCAUCAACCGCGUCGCAGCGACCGUCACCUCCACCGUCGCCUACGAGCUCGCCGCCACUCCCACCGCUUUCGUCCUCAUGGACCGUCUGCAAGCUCCUGACGCCGCCGUUGCGCAAUGGGCUACCAAUGGCGCCGACAACGAGACUUCCCACAACAUCGAGUACGCCCUCACCCGCAACCAGCCCUCAGUCUUCAGCUUCAACGCCUGGAACGAGCUUCACGUCGCGGGCUGGGGUGACGAUGAGGGCACCGACUUCACGGUCGUGGGUCAAGAGCAGGAGGGCGAUGGUGUGCAGAUGGCCGCUCUUGAUAGUGACGAUGGGUCGCAGGCGGCCAAGUGCUCUAUUCAGGUGACGGCUGAGGGGUUAUGUCCUGUGCGCUGCACUGUUGGUGACAAUGCUGUCAACAGCCAGAUGUAG